GCGGCGGCUCCUCCCCCGGGCACGGGCGCGUUACACAUUAACUGCGCGGUCCCGCGCGCCCGGGGCAGGGAGCCCGAGUCCAGCGGGUUACCUGGCGGCGGGCGGGCGCGGCCGGCAGCGGAGGGCCGCGGUCGCGAAGAGGAUGAAGAGAGAGUUCCCGAACAAGUCGGAAGCAGCUCACAACACCGGACGCCGCGCGGCAGGGCUGUGGACCUGGGGUGGUUUCGUGCCCCAGUCUUAGGAAACUACGCGCGAGGCACCGUGCUGAGGCGUAGAGGUCACCCUCGGGAGGUUUCGGUGAAACCUGGUGGGAAAUUCCGGGCAGGCGCCCGGAGUCGCGCCCAAGUAGGCAGCUCCGUGCCGCCAGACUUGUGUUCGGGGGAGUUGAGACGAACUGCACGGGUGGGAUUGCAUGGCUCUGCCCUCCCAGCGUUGACAACUCGCCCCGACCGCCCAGGAAGCGCGAGCUUCCUGGCUCCAGAAGUGAUGAUGCUGGGUGGAAGUCGCAGCAUGUGAAGAGUUGCCGGUUGUUAUGGGAUUAAAAAAGAUGAAAGGGUUAUCUUAUGAUGAGGCUUUUGCUAUGGCUAAUGAUCCCUUGGAAGGCUUCCAUGAAGUAAACCUUGCUUCACCUACUUCUCCGGACCUUCUUGGUGUGUAUGAAUCAGGAACUCAAGAGCAGACUACCUCACCAAGUGUCAUCUACCGGCCACACCCUUCAGCUUUAUCCUCUGUACCUAUCCAGGCAAAUGCAUUAGAUGUUUCUGAACUUCCUACACAACCCGUGUAUUCAUCCCCCAGACGUUUAAAUUGUGCGGAAAUAUCUAGUAUCAGCUUUCAUGUUACAGACCCAGCACCUUGCUCUACGUCUGGAGUCACAGCUGGAUUAACUAAAUUAACUACAAGAAAGGACAACUAUAAUGCAGAGAGAGAGUUUUUACAGGGUGCUACUAUAACAGAGGCUUGCGAUGGCAGUGAUGAUAUUUUUGGGUUGAGUACUGAUAGUCUGUCUCGUUUACGAAGCCCAUCUGUUUUGGAAGUUAGAGAAAAGGGCUAUGAACGAUUAAAAGAAGAACUCGCAAAAGCUCAGAGGGAACUGAAGUUAAAAGAUGAAGAAUGUGAGAGGCUUUCAAAAGUGCGAGAUCAACUUGGACAGGAAUUGGAAGAACUCACAGCUAGUCUAUUUGAGGAAGCUCAUAAAAUGGUGAGAGAAGCAAAUAUCAAGCAGGCAACAGCAGAAAAACAGCUAAAAGAAGCACAAGGAAAAAUUGAUGUACUUCAAGCUGAAGUAGCUGCAUUGAAGACACUUGUAUUGUCCAGUUCUCCAACAUCACCUACGCAGGAGCCUUUGCCAGGUGGAAAGACACCUUUUAAAAAGGGGCAUACAAGAAAUAAAAGCACAAGCAGUGCUAUGAGUGGCAGUCAUCAGGACCUCAGUGUGAUACAGCCAAUUGUAAAAGACUGCAAAGAGGCUGACUUAUCCUUGUAUAAUGAAUUCCGAUUGUGGAAGGAUGAGCCCACAAUGGACAGGACGUGUCCUUUCUUAGACAAAAUCUACCAGGAAGAUAUCUUUCCAUGUUUAACAUUCUCAAAAAGUGAGUUGGCUUCAGCUGUUCUGGAGGCUGUGGAAAACAAUACUCUAAGCAUUGAACCAGUGGGAUUACAACCUAUCCGGUUUGUGAAAGCUUCUGCAGUUGAAUGCGGAGGACCAAAAAAAUGUGCUCUCACUGGCCAGAGUAAGUCCUGUAAACACAGAAUUAAAUUAGGGGACUCAAGCAACUAUUAUUAUAUUUCUCCUUUUUGCAGAUACAGGAUCACUUCUGUAUGUAACUUUUUUACAUACAUUCGAUACAUUCAGCAGGGACUCGUGAAACAGCAGGAUGUUGAUCAGAUGUUUUGGGAGGUUAUGCAGUUGAGAAAAGAGAUGUCAUUGGCAAAGCUGGGUUAUUUCAAAGAGGAACUCUGAUGCUCUGCGUGGGACCAUGCCUGAACUCCCCGAAUAACUGAAAAAUGGCUGAAUAUUUUUAUGGUUACUUGAUAUUUAUUUCCAAGGAGUGGGCCUAAGACUUUUUUCCCCUUUUGCAAAUUGCUCUAAGAAGUACCAUGAUUUCUUUUAAACUGAUCUAUGCUGUGUUUGCUUAUUCUUUAGUUGAACACACUAUGAAGAAUUCCAGGUGUACUAGUGAAUGUAAUUUAUAGUUGCCAAAAAAAAAAACCUGAAAUAAAUAAAUGUUAGAUUGAA